AUGAUUUCACGAUACCAAAGAUGGCUUUAUGAAAAAGAUAAGAAGGAGUCUGUGGAAGCAUUAAAUGAGUGGGUGUUAAAGGAAUCAGAAUUUCACAACAUUGCCAUGGAAACUAAAUGUGGAUUGGAUGGAAGCUAUCAAAAGUCAAAAGAACAAAGAUCCUUCUUCGUUAACAGUAAACAAAGAGAUUGUAAGCUUUGUUUUAAACCUCAUGGAACGUGGGAAUGCAGUAUAAUGAAUAGACUUCCAGUAACUGAGAGAUGGCAAAAGGCAAAAGAAUUAAGACUGUGUUUUCGCUGUUUAGGAAACAAUCACACAGGCAGUAAUUGCAGACGAAUGAAGAAAUGUGGUAUUAAUGGAUGUCAAAAGACACAUCACAGACUGCUGUACCAAUCGGAAUUGAACCCGCAAGCGUCAUUAUUCUCACCAGCAGAAAUCCAAGAGAAUACAGAACAAAAUCAGAAUGUUACACAGAGUCAGACAUUUACAAGUACGCAAAAUGGAUAUAUAGCUCUUCGAACUGUUCCUGUAAUUCUAAAGGCAAAUGGUCGGGAAAUAGUAAUCAAUGCUCUACUUGAUGAUGGGAGCACUAAGACAUAUUUGAAUGAAGAUGUUGCUGCAGAACUCGGUCUAAAGUCUGUGUAUGAAACAGUUGUGGUAAAUACAUUGAAUGAAAAAUCUGUGAAUUUUGAAACAAUGUGUGUAAAGUACAAACUGUGCAGUAUAGAUAGACAAACUGAAAUUGAAAUGGAAGCAUAUACAACACAAAACGUAGCUGGGAAUUUGAAACCGACAAACUGGUUUAACUAUGCGAAGCGGUGGGAACAUCUGAAAGGAAUACAGUUUCCGUCGAUUGAACGAAAGCCAAAAGUUGAUUUGUUAAUAGGACUAGAUUAUUUGGCAUUGCAUACAUGUUUGCGUGAAGUUAACGGCCCAGUAGGAUCACCAUCAGCAAGAUUGACUCCACUCGGGUGGACCUGUGUGGGACCCAUACUUGAAAAAGAAAACGAAGUUAGUAUGUUCACCUUUCACAUCAAUAGUGAACCGUUUGAUUGUGAAAUAAAUGAAACAUUGAGAAAAUGUUGGGAGUUGGAAAAUGUUGAAACUGAACAAGUCAUGUAUAUCAGUAGGGAAAAUGAGAAAGUUAUGAAUUUGAUGAAGAGUGAAUUGCAGUAUGAUCAAAAGCUUCAUAGAUAUGAAGUCCCGGUGCCGUGGAAAGAAAACAAAAGUGAAUUGUCAAAUAAUUACAACAUGGCAUAUGAUAGACUUAAAAGUAAUGAGAGAAAACUGAAUUCAAAUAUGGAACUGAAAGAUUGCUAUAGAAAUACUAUUGAAAAAUAUGAAGAAAAGGGCUACAUUUCCAAAUUGACAAAUUGUGAAGCUGAGAAGACUAAGUGGUAUUUGCCGCAUUUUCCGGUCGUACGUCCAGACAAGGACACUACUAAAGUGCGCAUUUUUUGA